AUGGCAGCCUCCGCAGGACGCACUGACAUUAUAGACAUCUUGUUGGGCUUAGGAGUCGACGUCAAUGCACGAGACGAGAAUGAGAGAACACCGUUAAUGGAGGCGUGCCAUUUUGGUCAACUAUGCGUAGUCAUACAUCUGGUGGACAACGGGGCUCAUGUAAAUACAAAGGAUAAGUCUGGGAAUACACCGCUGUUGGAGGCUUCUACAAAUGGUCACGACGACAUAGCGAAAUAUUUGAUCAAAAUCGGUGCAGAUAUCAACGCGAAAGACGCACUUGAAGAAACAUCGUUGUGGAAAGCCUGUUCAAACGGUCAUUUUUGUGUAGCAAAAUGCCUCGUAGACGCUGGAGCCGAUGUAAAUGCAAAAAAUAUGCGUAAAAGAACACCGAUAUGUGAAGCUGCAUCAAAAGGAAAGGUCGAUUUAGUAAGAUACCUGGCGGAAAAGGGAGCCGAUAUAAAUGCCAGCGAUGAUAUGGAGGAAACGCCGUUAUACAAAGCCUGUUCGGUUGGUUACCUCAACGUCGUCAGGUGCUUGCUAGAAAAACAGGCUGUUUUCCACACGAUGGGCGGCAAAGCGAGAACAGCACUUUUGGAAGCAGCUUUGAAUGGUCACUGUGAUGUCGUAACUUUUUUGACGGAAAAGAAGGCUGAAAUUGAUGUGGAAGAUGAAAACGGGAUAUCACCGUUACUCUGUGCAAUUCGCUUGGGAAAUUACAGUGUAAUUGAAAGCCUAAUAAAAAAUGGAGCAGAUAUCAACAGAAAAAAUAAAUACGGACGAACACCACUGAUUGAAGCCUCUUCAAAUGCGCAUAUUGCCAUCGUCAAAAACCUGGUAAAACUAGGAGCAAACGUUAAUGAAACGGACAAACGAGGGAGAACAGCUCUAUUUGAAGCUUCUAGAUAUGGAUGCUUCGACGUAGUUUUAUUCUUGACCAAAGUUGGAGCUGACCCAAAUAAACGUGAAGAAACUGGGGUAAGAACAGUCACAAGAGUUCUUCGGUCUUAA